AUGUCACCCAUCUGCCGCUCCCAACAUGCCCGCGCCGCCAACGCGCAUCGCAUGCACGAAUCGGUCUCGUCGGACACCCUCGGACCCAAUGUGCCAUCAACCCGACAGCGUCUCUCCCCUGCCGCAAACCCCGCGCUAACCGCCACCAUCCGCCCUGUCCCAACUACAUCGACCGCAGAGGCCAACACCGCCACCACCACCACUUCCCCCUCGAUAGGACGUCUGGUGUCCCAUCACCCACCCAUCCCCACCAACACUCCCACCUCCAGCGAUGUGGACCUGGUCCAUGCCUAUCCCCGUUGGGAUCGCACAUUGAUCUCACACAUCGGCCUGGCCGGCCACCUGCGAAUCCAUCACAUGCUGGCGAACCAGUGA